AUGCAACCACUUUUCAAGUCUCUCCUAGUGUUUGUUCUCGCGAACUUGGUCUCCGCUAGCAUCUUUGAUUUCAUCCAAAACCAGUUCCACCAUGGCGAAGGUGAACAGCCUUCGUUCGAACAAAAAGUUUUAGACAGCCAAUGCGACAAAUACUUGUGCCCAGAUACGUUGGAGUGUGUUGCCAGUCCGAAGAAGUGUCCGUGUCCAUUUCCCUCGAGCCAGAUGAGGUGUCCUUUACCCAAUGGUAAUUACAUUUGCAUCUCCAAGCCUGCUGGUGACUUUGGAGGGAAGUAUGACGACCCCGAAAAGAAUUUUAAAGUGGACGCUAAGAGUAAUGACAUCAGAGACUGCGGUUGGGUGAAGAGGGCCUGGGAAGGCAAGUUGUAA